CGCCAUCAUGGCGGCGCGGAAAGCAGCCUGCGCGCGGAACGGUCUCCAGGGCAACGGGGUGUGGGCGUGGCGACCCCGUGACGUCACUGCGAGGCUUCGCCCGGUACCGCCCGGCACCGCCCGCUGGAGGCUGGACGUAAACAUUCCAGCACGUGCCUGGUACGGAACGCAUUAACGAGCAGAGACCGGAGCUGGCAUGGCGGCCAUCGUCGGGUGCGUGUGUUUGUGCGCCUCCCUGGCGCUGAUGGAUGCUCAGCUGAUGGAGACACAAACCUUUGGCACCUUUCGCUCUCCGAACUUCCCCGCGCCCUAUCCUCCUGAGGCCAGCAGACACUGGAACAUCAGCGUCCCUCAAGGCUUCAGGGUCCGACUCUACUUCAGCCAUUUUGACCUGGAGCCCUCCUACCUGUGCGAGUACGACUACGUAAAGGUGGAGGCGGAGGGGGAGAUGCUGGCGCUGUUCUGUGGUCGGGAGGACUCGGACACGGAGGCGGUGCCGGGUCAAAAGGUCAUCACCUCCCCAAAGAACACACUCAGCGUGGACUUCUCCUCGGACUUCUCCAAUGAGGAAAACUUCUCAGGAUUUAACGCUCACUACAGCGCUGUGGACGUGGACGAGUGUAUGGACGGCGUGGACGAGGACAUGCAGUGUGACCACCUGUGUCACAACUACUUGGGGGGGUUCUACUGCUCGUGUCGUCAUGGUUACUUGCUGCACACGGACAAGCGCACAUGUACAGUGGAGUGCGGUGGCCACGUGUUUAGAAACCGUUCUGGGGUGGUGAGCAGCGUGGACUUCCCUGCUCCGUAUCCAAAGAGUUCCGAGUGUUUGUACGUGAUCGAGGUGGCGGCGGGCCUCAAGCUCCGCCUCCAUUUUGAGCACACCUUCGACGUGGAGGACCACCCCGAGGUGGUGUGUCCGUACGACUACGUCAGGAUCCGAGCGGGCGCCAGAGACUUGGGGACGUUCUGCGGCCGCCAGUCUCCCGGAGUCAUCGAGACCGACAGUAACGUGGCGGCCAUCCUGUUCCACAGCGACAACUCCGGGGAGAACCUCGGCUGGAGGCUGACGUACACGUCUGUAGAGGCAGGAAGUCAGUGUCCGAUUCCAGAGCGGCCUCCAAACAGCAUACUGAGCCCGGUCCAGUCCGAGUACUCCAUCGGAGAUCAUGUCGAGGUCACAUGCGCUACUGGGUUCCGAUUGGUCAAGGACGGUCAGCGCGUGGACGAGUACAACGUGGAGUGUGGGGCUGACAGGAAGUGGAACGGCAGCCUUCCUGUGUGUCAAACGGUGGACUGUGGCGUUCCCGAGGGUGUGGACCGGGCUGACGUGGUGUUUGGUAACCGUGGCAACAGCACACUGUUUGGAGCCACCGUCCGCUACCGGUGCGGAGACGACGCCUUUGAGAUCCACCCUAACGACAGUCAGUAUCACUGCGGGCCAAACGGGCUUUGGGUCCACGCUGAUUUAGGGGUGGAGCUUCCUUCCUGUGUGCCAGCGUGUGGCCGUCCCGCCAGGUCCUUCCCCCGGCAGGUGAAGCGCAUAGUGGGCGGGCACGGCGCCGAGCCCGGCCUCUUCCCCUGGCAGGUCCUGCUGAGCGUGGAGGAUCCGUCCCGCGUCCCAGAGGACCGCUGGUUCGGCUCCGGCGCCUUGCUGUCCGACACGUGGGUCCUGACCGCGGCCCACGUGCUCCGGACCCGGCGGCGGGACGCCCGCGUGGUCCCCGUGGACCCCGAGCACAUCAAGGUCUUCGUGGGACUCGUGGACAAGCGGGACCAGCACUCGGCGCCCGGUCACUCGGUGGACGAGGUCGUCCUCCAUCCGGACUUCCGGCCGAGUGACUACAGCGACGACAUCGCCAUGGUGAGGCUGAGCACCCGGGUGGAGCUGAACGCCGCCGCCCGUCCCGUCUGCCUACCCCCGCCGCAGCUCCAGGACUCCGACCCGGCCCCCCUAACCAACUCCGUGGGCGUCGUCGCCGGCUGGGGCGUCUCGGACCCUUCCUCUGACGCCACGGGAGCGACCUCGGACCUCCUGCAGUACGUCAAGCUGCCGGUGGUGUCCGAGGACGAGUGUCGCGCCAGCUACGCCUCGCGCGGCUACAACGUCAGCGACGGCAUGUUCUGCGCCGGCUUCUACGAGGGGGGGCGGGACACCUGCCUGGGGGACAGCGGGGGCGCCUUCGUCAUGGAAGAGCCGCUCGGCCGCAGGUGGGCGGUCUUUGGGCUGGUGUCGUGGGGUGGCCCCGAGGCGUGCGGCACUCGCCGGGUGUACGGCGUCUACACGCGCGUGAUCAAAUAUGUGGAGUGGAUACAGAACCGCACUAGCAGCGCCCCCUGGUGGAAGCACUAAGGAGGUGCAAGUUUUCACUCAUUCUUUAUUGUCCGUCCUCGGGUCAACGGUCACACGGUCACAUAGCAACUGGCGCUGUGGCAUACUUGCCAACCCUCCCGAAUUUUCCGGGAGUCUCCCGAAUUUCAGUGCCUCUCCCGAAAAUCUCCCGGGACAACCAUUCUCCCGAAUUUCUUCCGAUAUCCAGCCGGACUUAAGGCACGCCCCCUCACGUCCGCUUGGCCAACCAAAAAAUAACCACAGAACACUAUACCGUAUAGUGUUCUGUGGCUACUUUUUGGUUGGCCAACAGUUUACGUUGUAUUGCGCACCCUGACGGCAAGUGUGGGAGUCGGUUCUGAAUUAUGAAGUAAAGAGACGUAACUUCGUCACCUCGCCUGGUUAUUGACUCCAACCCAAAAUAUUACACUGCCCAUACCUAUGCUCCUUCAAAGGCUGUGCUACUGGCUGCAAAGCGUUGCACUUUCAAAUACAACAAUGAGUAGAGAGGAGUGUUAUGUGUAAAUAAAUGAACACUGAA